UCGAAGUUUUGUGUAAUUUAUUUCUGCUUUUUUAUGCGUUUCCAGCGUUUGGAUAAUCUAAAAUUCACGUCUUUAUCGCGUUCCACAUUCAAAAAUAAUGGACCAGUACGAUCCGGAGUCGGCCGAUUCGUGCAGUCUGACGGAGGAAGAAGUUGAACCGAAGCUCAAAUACGUAAGGCUAUCGAAUGAUCUGAAAAACAUUCUCAGUGAGGAAGCGGUCAGCUGUAUUGCGGUCCAUUCCAAGUUUCUCUGCUUGGGAACCCACUGGGGACGGAUUCACAUGCUGGACCAUCAAGGAAAUCGAGUAGAUAUACCUAUCAAUAUGAGACAAAAUCCACAUACUUUGUCGGUGAACAAGAUUGCAGUGGACAGCAAAGGAGAGCACAUAGCAACCUGUUCCGACGAUGGAAUGGUCAUCAUCAGCGGUCUUUGUACCGAUGAAAAUAAUCAAAAGUUGAAGGUCGACAAGGUGAUUAAAGCUGUGGAGCUGGAUCCGAUGCACCACAAGUCAGGGUCGGGAAGACGUUUUCUAAUAGGUGACAAUAAGCUGGUUCUUUACGAGAAAACAUUUUUGAAAGGCCUGAAACCAACGAUACUGAGCGAUUCGGAGGGACCGGUUAGUGCCAUCAAGUGGAAUGGGCAAUUCAUUGCCUGGGCAAGUUCUUUGGGAGUUCACGUGUACGAUUUGAAUGAGCGAUGCUCACUGGGACUGAUCAAAUGGGAAGAACCAAAAGACGGUAGAUUGACGGACUUUCGUUGUAAUUUGAACUGGUCCAAUCAGACUACGUUGCUCAUUGGAUGGGUUGAUACAAUAAGGAUUUGUGUAAUCAGAAAACGAAAUCCUAUUGAAGUUUCGACCCGGAACCUUCCUACCUACAUUGUAGAUCCUAUGUCAACAUUCCAAACCGAAUUCUACGUUUGUGGCAUAGCGCCGCUGGAAAGUCACCAACUGGUUGUUUUGGGGUUUUCGAAGGAGCGAGAUUCGGAAACGAACAAGGCCCUACGUCCGAUUCUGUGCGUGUUACAGUUUAAAGCUAGCGAUUAUAUCGAAAUAUGCACCGAUAGUCUCUCGAUGAGGGGACACCAGGAAUACAAGUGUGACGAUUAUCAUUUGGAUUGCUUGAUCGAGGAAAAUCAGUAUUUCAUAGUUUCUCCGAAGGAUGUAGUAGUGGCCAGUCUGUAUGAAACGGAUGAUCGCGUCCAGUGGUUGAUUGAGCACGGAAAGUUUGAACAAGCCAUGGAAGUGAUAGCGAAACAUGGUGGCAAGUACUCACUAGUCACGGUAGCUAGGCUAUAUCUGGAUCAUCUGCUCUCGUUGCAGCAGUUUGAUGAGGCGGCUAAACUAUGCCUGCGUGCCUUCAAAACUGAUAAGCAACUGUGGGGGGAAGAGGUUUACAAAUUUGCCAAGGUGAAGCAACUUCGUUCCGUCAGCAGCUACAUUCCCAAGUCGGCCGAGUGUAAACUGAAACCGCACGUGUACGAAAUGGUACUGUAUGAGUAUCUGCUUUUUGACCCAGACGGUUUCCUGCAGCUCAUCAAGGAGUGGCAACCAGGCUUGUACAACACCAAAGCUGUUAUCAAUGCGAUAAAUGGUAAUUUCAACAUAGAGGAUGCAAAUAUUUUACUGGAAGCUCUAGCGAUAUUGUAUUCCCACGAUAAGGAGUACGAUAAAGCUUUAACCAUGUAUUUGAAGUUACAACACAGAGACGUUUUCGAGCUAAUUAAAAACCACAACCUUUACUCGGUAAUCAAGGAUACAAUAGUGCAAUUAAUCGAAUUAGAUAGUGAAAAAGCAAUUGCCAUGCUGCUGGAGAAGGAUAAAAUUCCGGCGGAGGACGUUGUUAAGGAACUAGAAAAUCGCGAAGAUUAUUUGUAUCGGUAUCUGGAUGCGUACGAUAAGAUAGAUAAUUCGGGGAAAUUUCAUUGGAAGCUAGUCAAACUCUACGCCAAGUAUGAACCCAGCAAAUUGCUCACGUUCCUAAAACGAUCGAACAACUAUCCCAUACAAGAAGCUUUUGACAUUUGCAAACAGCAGUUGUUUUAUCCGGAGAUGGUAUAUCUGCUGGGCCGGAUGGGAAACACCAGAGAUGCGCUAUCCAUUAUCAUUCACAAAUUGGAGGAUAUUCAAAUGGCAAUAGACUUUUGCAAAGAGCACGAUGACAUGGACCUUUGGAACGAUUUGAUAAACGAAUCCGUUGAGAAGCCAUACAUCAUGACGAAACUGUUGGAUGGUAUCGCCGGAUUCAUAAAUCCGGAAUUGUUGGUGAAUAAAAUCAAGAAGGGCCAGGAAAUUCCAGGGCUGAAAAAUUCCAUCAUAAAAAUGCUGUGCGGGUUCAGUCUUCAGGUUUCGAUACAGGAUGGAUGCAAUCAGAUUCUUGUAUCUGACUAUUUCAACAUGCACGAGAGACUGUCCAAAGUCCAGCAGAGGGCACUAGCAGUUACAGGGGAGAAUACGUGUGGUCUAUGUAGGAGGGAUAUUAUCGUUAAAGAUCACUCGAGAACUGACAUCGUGGUGUUCAACUGUCGGCAUUUUUUCCACGAGAACUGUUUACCAGAUAAAUACAACGUAGACUUUUGUACUGUGUGUAAAUCUCGAAAGCCGUGAAGAUGUGCAAGUGUGGUCAAAUGUAUGGUUUGUAUAAACAAUAGGAUCGUGUGUUAAUUGUAAAAUCAAGUAAGGGAACAUAGUUUAUCUUUUCGCUGUUUUAUUAUUUUAAAAGUAUGCUUAUUUAUUUUUAUACGUAAUACUCAAAACAGAUGAUUGCUAACAU